CAAUUAAAAACAAUGAUGGCGACCGAUUGUAAAGUGAUGGAAGUGUAACGUUAACGGCAUGAGUUUUAUCAACGUUUCUGUAGUUAAAGUUGUACUAAAUACAUUUUUAACAAUAUUAGUGAACAUAUGACCAAGAAGUGUAAUAGUUAUAACUAUCUGAAAACAUGGCUCGAGAGUUUGACCACCUUUUCAAAUUGCUGAUAAUCGGUGACAGUGGUGUGGGUAAAAGCUGUCUCCUCCUGCGGUUCGCCGACAACACAUUUUCCGGUAGUUACAUUACUACGAUAGGGGUUGAUUUCAAAAUAAGGACUUUAGAAAUAAACGGUGAGCGAGUGAAGCUACAGAUAUGGGAUACUGCGGGGCAGGAGAGGUUCAGAACGAUCACGAGCACAUACUACAGAGGUACCCACGGCGUCAUCGUGGUCUACGAUGUCACCAAUGGGGAGUCCUUCGCGAACGUCAAGAGGUGGCUGCAUGAGAUUGAACAGAAUUGUGAUGUUGUUAAUAAAGUUUUAGUUGGUAACAAGAAUGACUGUCCAUCUAGAAAAGUGGUAGUUACAGAGGAUGCACAGAGGUUUGCCAACCAGAUGAACAUACCGUUGUUUGAGACAAGUGCAAAAGAGAACAUUAAUGUAGAGGAAAUGUUUCUCACUAUCACUAAAAUGGUACUAAGAUCGAAGCUUGAAAUGAAGGAGCGGCAAAAUGUAACAUCAAAAGACACGGUACACCUAAAGAAUAAUAUCAAAACCAAAAAGAAAUGUUGCUAGUGGUAUGCUCGCCGCACUUGUGCCACGGACAAUGUUCUCAAUGCUCAAAUACGGAGAGGUUAGGAUCAACCUAGCAGGUUACGGUACUGACGGACACACACCAGUUACAUCACAUACACAAACAGACAACAUAUUAAGUAGUUAUACGGUAUAAAAGUAGGCAAUGAUGUGUUAAUGAGCAAUGUUUGAAAACUUUCAAUUAUAGUCAAUCAGCGUCGAAAUUGUUAAGACCUAUUAUUUAAUGAUUACUUGCAUCAUGCAUUGUAGGGUUGUCUAAAAUCACUUUUGAAAGAUUCAGUUUUAAAAAUAGUUUUUAGCAGUCUGGAUUGAUGCUACAAUUGCAAAUUAACACAAGAUUGUGAUAUGCUUUAAUACAAUUGAAAUUUUCCAUUUGUUUUUUGUUGAUUAAUUUCACACAAAAUUUUUUUGUUUUUUGUUUUUUAGUACAUUGUAACAUACUGUCUGUAAAAUAAAAACAAAAGCAUGAAGAACGUCAUAUUGCAAUUGUUUUUUACACUUGUAGUUUGAAUCUAGUAAACAACAUUGUGUAUUGUGGUAAUCCAAACGGAAUAACUAGAUUUUUUUAAGGAUUAGGUGUCUAUAAUAUCUAUUCAGACUGUCUCGUUAAGUGUUGAACUUGCUGGGUUCAUAAUCUCGCUAAGAGCAUGUACAUACAAUGGAUUUAUUUACUCCAAAAAUUAUUAAAUAUAAACGAAUGCCUAGUUAAUGAAUGAGUGUAAUCUAAUUAUCAAAAUUUAUGUGAUGGUAAUAGGUUUGAAGGAUGUUUAGAAUAAGAAGUGUACCAUUAAAGUUAUUUUUAUUAAAUGAUAAUCAAUGAAUAGUUACGGACGCGUGGAUCACAUGUUAUUUAUAUCGCGUGGUUCAUGCAAUCACUUGAAGUCAGAAAGUACGAGAAUUUGCUUUUAUUAAUUGACCAUUCUUGGGAGGACAUGAGCGAUUACAUUGGUGUCCUAUUGGCAGUUGUGGCCAAACAUUUGGCAUGUUUAAAUACUCAUGCGUUAAUCCUGGAUGAUAACUUAAUGUUGGAGCCAAUAUUUGUGUAGAAUACACCAACGUGAUAAACCAAUUUGGAUAUAUAUGUUUUCGUGUUCACUAAGCUCGCAAAUGCCUUACCACAUGAUAUUUUAAACAUAAAGUAUUAUCUCUUAUGAAAGUUUGUUGGUCACUUGCAGGCCAAUAUAAAGCUCACCAAUCAUAUAUCCAGUGGAAUUUUCAGUGAGAUAUUUGAAUUAUUUUUAUAAUUUUGUUUUUUGGCGUAUUGUUUGUUACAGUAUUCUGUAUUCGAAAUUCCAAAUUUAUUUAUUUUAUUAUAGUUAAUGAUAUUAUUUACAAUAAUUGAAACGUAUGUCAGUUUGUAUGAAAUUUAAUAGCAUAUGGACGAUUUGUGAGGUAUAAACCGCAUUAGGUAGCGUGAGUUAUAAUGAAGGGCAAGUCAGUCGAUACACUAACCGCAAAGAGAAUCAUCACGAUAUCGACCUGCGCGUACGCAUCAAGUCAUAACCUAAUUUUACUUGUAAGGAGAACUUUUCCAAAUAUAACAUCAGUAAUAUUUUAUAUCCAUAUAUUUUGCAGAAUGUGUAGUAAGCAAAAAUAUGGAAUUAUGGUUUUAAUACUCUCGUUUAAGACUAUUAAAAUCGUAGAGCGACUUGCGUCACAUCUUUUGUUAUGUUAUGACGCUCUUUUUAUAACCACCUACCUAAUGCAUAUAGGUAUUAUACCGUCCAUUAUUUUCAUUCGGUACAAUUUGUGUCGAUCUACUCUAAAUAUAAUAUGGUGCUGAGUCUGUUAUAGAGCUAAACCAAUUAUUUAGGAAGUCGGUUCAUCUACAUACAUACUCAUGAUCACAAACAUAUUUCUAAUGGGCUAAAUUACUUUACAUUCAAUUUAAAAAAUGAUUCAACCUCCUUUCCUCAAAUUGAUGGCAAUCCGGCAUGAUAAGGACCUAUUUCCUUACUGGGGGCAGCUACUGACAAUUCUGUUAUCUGAAAAACCCUGUAGAUUAUAAUUUGCCUGACAUACACAACUUCCCGGUUUAUACCUACAUUAUCUAAUAAUUUGUUUUAAUAAGCGUAUUGUACUGUUCUAAAUUAAAUUGAUUUUGCUUUAUAACAGAAUAAGAGCUAAUAAAACAGUACCUAUCACAAUUUUUAUAAGUUACAACGCAAAAACCUGGCGGUACAUCGAAUUAGCCAAUCACGACGCACCAAGGUAUCGCAUCUCAUUGAAUUGGCCAAUCAAAGACGUUAAACGAACCCGCCUUGCCAAUGUUUUUUUUUCGCGCCGUCGAAUAUUGCAAAUGUAAUCUUUAUACGGUUCUUAUAAAUUACUUGUGAGUUAUCCCUAAACUAUACAUAUCAGAAUGAUGAAUGUUUACAUCUAGGGAAUGGAAUGGAUAUUAUAAUUAAAGUCUGUGUUAAUUUAAUUUGAUGUAUUUUACGAAAAAAGUCUGUGUAUCUCAAAUAAUAAAAUAUAGUGAGCAAUAAAAUAUAAUUUUUAUUUCAUUGAUAAUUCCUAUAAAAAAUAUAUUUUCCUACAAAAAUAAGCUAAUAUAUUUAUUUUUAAAUCUAUUUAAAUUAACACAGACAACUUAUGUGUAAUGUUUAGUAUACAAUGUGUAAGUGACAAUAGUUAAAGCCUAAUCACAGAAACAAUCUUCCAAGUCCAAAGUGUAAGGUAUAAUUAAAAAAUAAGUUUAAAAAAUAGUUUUGACGUAUGCGGUGCGUACACAUUGGACUUUACCGGGUCGUGCAUUGUUAGGCUAUUUUUUUCUGGUUAUAAUUUUCAAUGUGUACGCACCUUUAUUAUCCGUUUUUCUGUUGUAAACAAGUAUAGGAAAUUAGUAAGAAUAGUUCUCAGUGGCGUGAUCUAGUUUAUGGAUAGCUUUCAAUUAUAGCUCGCUAAUACAAGGUCCUAUUAUGUAAGGUGCCUAGAUCCUUGUCAUAGUGACUAAAUGUAUCAGGAGUUCUCAACAUUUUAAAAACUAAAUUUUUAUUGCCGAAAUAUUAUGGUGUGUUUUGAAAGUUCGAGUCUCCAAAUGAAUUAAUAAUUUACCAUGAAUGUUGAGAGCCUCUGUCGUUUAUUAUAAUCAAACAAAACGUUAUAUCCUUCCUGUUUCUUCUCGAUAACGAUUUGUGUUUUUUAAUUCUGCAUGAAACUAUCAACAAAGUUAUUCUUCCGUUGUAUCAACUUACUGUGUUUUGUUUUCUUUGAGUUUCGAAUCUACAUAAUAUAACAAGGAAUAAAAAUAAUCUUUUUUACAUGUUAUUUUAAAUACGCUAAAAUAAAUGCUUACUAAAAAUGCGUCGGAGUAAAAAAAGAACAGUUUACAAAUAAGUUUCAUUAAGUACCAUUAAAAAAAGGUUUUCGACACAUUUUUAUAAGCCAGUGUAUCGCAUAUAGUUUUAGCUAUGGACUGAACAUUAUUUACUUCAAUAUAAUAUUUUAUGGCAUUUUUAUGUUAAGUGUUUACAGUAUGAAACCCUUUGUUUGAACGCUCAUUUUAAUCUAACUAUUGUAUUUAUCUGAUAUUUUCAAAAGUCGUACCUGUUUUAUUUUGUGGAAUAUGUUUAAAUGUUAAUAUUGGCCAAAAAUACUUUUUUCCAUGCAAGAGUAUUGAAAUAAAUUAUUUUUUUGGUCAUUUUUCAUAGACCGCGGAAUAAUACAACCACUUUUGCUAUAAGAACCAUGCUUUGCAAUAUAUGAAAUUGCGUGAAAACCAAAACUAUUGCUGGCAAUCAUUCCGUACACAAGUUUGUACAAUAAAUAUGGCGGACUUUUAUUUAAUACGUGAUUUUAACACGCCAUUACUCAUUUUAUUAUUUAUAGAAAGUAUUGUUCAUGAGUCAUCAUUUUGUUUUAAUACAUAGUUGUAAAUAUAUCCCCUAUUUUCAUCAUAAUA